AUGAGCAUCUCCCUCGAUGACUCCACCAUGCGCCUGGUGGAGGUGAUGGUGCUCCGCAACACAUCGGCGCCCAUCCUUGGCCUCAGCUUUGGGUACCUGCUGCAGGAAUGGUCCCUGUCGUCUGCCAGCGCGGUGCCAGGGCCAAAUGAGACACGUCCUGGGAAUGCCACAUGCCCAUAUGAUUUGGGCACCACCGCAUGCCAUAGCCGUCACGGCACCUGCAAGGGCCUCGACAUCGGCGGCUACAUAUGCAGGUGCGACCAGGGUUACCAAGGCAACCCUUACCUCACUGACGGAUGCCAAGAUAUCGACGAGUGCUCGGUCCCAGUCUCAGGGCUAACCAUCGGCCUAGGAGUUGGAAGUGGGGCAGUGCUUCUCUUUCUAGUCCUAAGCAUCACAUUUAUGAUCCAUAGAAUCAUGACACGAAAGAAAAGGAUGAGACAAAGGUUCUUCAAGCAAAACCAUGGUCAAUUGCUACAACAAUUAGUAUGCCAAAGGGCAGACAUAAGUGAGAGAAUGAUUCUUACUUUAGAUGAGUUAGAGAAGGCCACCAACAACUUUGACAAAGCCCGUGAGUUAGGCGGUGGAGGGCAUGGCACAGUGUAUAAGGGAAUUUUAUCAAAUCUACACGUCGUGGCAAUUAAGAAGUCAAAGAUAAUUAUACAGAGAGAAAUUGAUGAGUUUAUAAAUGAGGUUGUUAUCCUCUCUCAGAUAAACCAUAGGAAUGUUGUGAAGCUUCAUGGGUGUUGCAUUGAGGCAGAAGUUCCUCUACUUGUUUACGAGUUCAUUUCCAAUGGCACCUUAUACAAUCAUCUUCACGUGGAAGCUUUAUUAUCAUUGCCAUGGAAAGAUAGAGUGAGGAUUGCUGUUGAAACUGCUAGGGCUCUCGCAUAUCUCCACUCGCUUGUUUCGAUGCCAAUAAUUCAUAGGGACAUCAAGUCUCCUAACAUACUUCUUGAUGAUAACUUAACUAUGAAGUUGUCAGACUUUGGAGCUUCUAGGUACAUUCCGGUUGACCAAACCGGGUUGGAUACAGUUGUGCAAGGAACAUUUGGAUACUUGGACCCUACGUACCAUAGCACGGGGCACCUUACUGAUAAAAGUGACGUCUAUAGCUUUGGUGUGAUUCUUAUAGAGUUGCUCACCAGAAAGAAGCCAGUGUAUUAUAGAUCCCCAGAGGGUCAUGGUCUUGUAAAUCAUUUUGCCUCUCUACUUUCAGAAGAUAACUUAGUUGGUAUAUUGGAUCCACAAGUUGUCAAGGAAGCGGGUGGGGAAGUCAUUGAUAUCGCACUGUUGGCAGCAAUGUGUGUGAAAUCAGUAAGCAAGGAGAGGCCAACCAUGAGACAGCUGGAAAUGACGCUUGAAGGUAUUCAUGCAGCAAAAGAGUAUGCUUCCAGUGAUGUAACAGAGGAGUCUGAGGAGGAGAACUACGUCCGAGUGAAUGACAUGUCUAUUAUUGGGGGGACGAACAAGGACACUCUGCAAGCCGAUAUUGAUUACAUCACUAGAGUGAGCUAG